UAUCGCCCUUUUCGGAAACACACGCCCGCCUUUAGGCUAUUUUUGGCCUGCCCAGUCUACUUCGUCCCAAGCAUUCGCUCUGGUCUAUUUCUGUUUUCUGCACCCGCUUCCGUUUCAUAUUUCGUCUCGCUGCUUCUCGAUCUUGAGAUCGUCGCUCUUGAUCAUUGCUGAUUUUAUUUUUCACUUUUCACUCUCCGAGCACCUUAUAUACUUACUCUAGUCGCGUUGUCCCACUUCCAUACCUGGAUCAUCUCCCUCCGGCUCCGGCAGGGUCCAGUGACCUCGCCCUAACGGCUGUCCUUCCGUCGGAUCAAUACCCUUCGGCCUCGCCCUCGGCCUCGUGAGCGCUGUCUGGCGGCGCCAUGUUCAAGCUGGAGGCGAGCUGCACCGCCGUCGCGCCGCAACCGGCGUUCGCGGCGGCGUUCGAGCCGGCGGCGUUCGAGGCGCGCCUGCCGGAGAAGGCGGGCGCGCCGGCGCCCCGCGUGUGCCCCAUGGCGAGCGCCCAGCUCCCGCCGCCCUCAGCCACCAACCCCUGCACCAGCGCCUCCAACGGCAGCCUCGCGCCGCCCGUCAGCCGCAUCUGCCGGCGCGCCAGCGCCGUCGACCUCACCGUCGACUCCGCGGAAAGUCGCGUGCUCGUCAUCUACACCGGCGGCACCAUCGGCAUGAUGCGCAACGAGCAGAACGCUUUAGUUCCUGUGCCCAACGCCCUAGUGAGGACGCUGAGGAGGAACCCUGUUCUGCACGACGAGGUGUACGCCAGGACGAAGUUCCGCCACAAGGAACCCAGUCCUCCUACGCUUGUGUUGCCGGAUACUCAAGAAAGGAAUAGGGUAAUGUACAGUAUUUUGGAGUACAGUCCUCUCUUAGAUUCCAGUAAUAUGACUGUAGAGGAUUGGGUUCAAAUCGGCAGAGACAUUCGCAAAUACUACGAACAUUAUCAUGGCUUUGUCAUUCUGCACGGUACUGAUACAUUGGCUUACACCGCAUCUGCUCUUUCCUUCAUGCUAGAGAACUUGGGCAAAACGGUGAUCAUCACAGGUUCACAGAUUCCUCUUUUCGAAGUUCGGAGCGACGGCCGAGACAAUCUGCUCAACGCCGUCAUCGUGGCCGGCAACUUCGUCAUUCCGGAAGUGCUGGUGAUGUUCGGCGACCGAAUCUUCCGGGGCAACCGCACCACGAAAGUGAGCUCAGAGUGCCUCAACGCUUUCAACUCGCUCAACUUCCCGCCGCUCGUCACCUUCGGCAUCCAAAUCGAAGUUAGUCACAAAGACAUCUUCAGACAAACUGCGAUCGAAAAGUUCUGCGUGCACCCAACCCUUGACAGAAAUGUGGGCCUUCUUCGUUUGUUUCCCAGCAUCACUGCGGAGACGGUGAAGGCGUUCCUGCAGCCGCCGACGCUGGGCGUGGUGCUCCAGUCGUACGGCGCGGGCAACGUGCCGUCCGACCGCCAGGACAUCCUGGACGCCAUCGGCGCGGCCACGCAGCGCGGCGUCAUCGUCGUCAACACCACGCAGUGCAUGCGCGGCGCCGUCAGCGACCUCUACGAGACGGGCCAGGCGCUGAAGGCGGUGGGCGUGACGCCCGGCUACGACAUGACGCCUGAGGCCGCGCUCACAAAGCUCUCGUACAUGAACCUGCGUGGGGAGCUGACGCGCGCGCUGUCUGGCGAGGGCGUGACGGGCGCCUCAGUGGGGGAGCUGGUGGAUGCGGUAGCGGCGCACCUGCAGAUCUCUGCGCCCCGGGAGCAGGAGGAGCUCAGCGCCAUACUGUACCCGGCCAUCGUCAACUCAGCCGUCAUGCGGCGCAGCGUACCCAAGCUCAGCAGCCUGCGCGAAUACGGGCUGGACCUGACGGCGGCGAACGCGGACGGGCGCACGCCGCUGCACGUGGCCUGCUGCGAGGGCAGCGUGGACGUGGUGGAGUUCCUGCUGCUGCGCGGCGCCAACGUGCACAUGAAGGACAGUGCUGCUGCAAAGGGUCAGUUGAAACGAUUUGUGUCAUAUCAGUUGGCUGGCGCAGAUUUUAACCAGGUGGACAGCAGCCACCGUACAGCUCUGCACGUGGCGGUUCUUCAUAAUCAAGAGACGAUUGUUCGCUUUUUAAUUGACGUAAAAGUUAAUUUAAAGUGCAAAGAUAUGCUGGGGGAAACACCAUUGUCUAUUGCAAUCAAACUGCGACAUGAUAAAAUUCGAAAAAUUUUAGAGGAAGAGAUACAUCAUUUGUCGUAGUGUAGAAGAAUUACACUUCGUCUUGUCAAGUUAAAAGUUCCUUAUUUUAUAAUCUUUGCCCAAAUGAUUAUUUAUUGAUAUGCUGUGAAACAGUGUCAAAUUAUUUCAAAAUAUCAAGCAUUACGUUGUCAUAAAAAAUAUUUUAUUUUAUGAUCAGUUACUUCAACACUUGUACAUAACAUUCUCAAAUUAAGAAAAAUAUAAACAAUAAAACUAUAAGAAAAAGGAAAAAAUAAGACUAUUUAUUUUAUUAAAGUUACCCAAAAAUACUUUAGAGGUAUUUUUUAACUCUAGCAUUGUAUUUUAUUACAUGCCUUUUGUUUUUAAGCACAU